ACAUCAGUUCAUGCGUCCUUAACUGAAGUACUUGUCGACAGAAUAGAUUCUUACAACGUACCUAUAUGUGUAAGUAAGUACCUACGCUAUCAUCGAGAAUUUUUCUUUCUUUUUAGUAGCCAUAAAUUUUCGUUGUACCUACUUUUUUUGGUUCAGCUAAUUAUUUGAAAUGCUUUAUUGGCGCAUCUGGUUCAGUGUUCGUUGCGUUGUUUUCGUUUUUUAAUUUUCUCCGCUGAUUUUUCUUGUUCGAGUAUCAGACAGUGUUAACGCGAAUAGGUACCUAUUUGGUGUAUUUUUCAAAAUCUCCGGCGAAGUCCGGUUCUAUAAUUGGUAAGCUGAUGGUAAAGAUGAAUUUUUUCAACCUUUUUGUGCUGGAGAAAAAACUUGAACGGAAAUUUCGUGGUUUAGAUAAGGAUUGGCCAUAUUGGGUUUGUUGUGAAAAAAUUUUCGUAAUUUCUACCACAUGUAAAGCUCCGCACAGGAAAUAGGUACUAAACUUAGACCUACCUCCAAAUCUUGUGUUAGAGAACAGUCAUGCCUGAAUCAAAACAACAGACCAGCUCCUAUCGAAAACACGAGCAGUUUCUAUCGCGUUCUUACUCAUCAAAGGAAGAGUUCGCACAAAAAUAUAAAAAGCUCUAUUAUGAAAAAGCACACGCCAAAGAACUUUACUUACUCGUUUUGACUGGACUGGAAAAGGCUAUAUUAAAAGGUGAUAUUAGUACUUUUGAACACCUUAGUCGGUUGAUUGAUUACAUCAGCGAUAUGGAAAGUGCUGCAGCAUUGAAGAAUUUUUAUAACGAUGCAGCCAAUCCAAUUAAAGCGACUAAUUUAGUGAUUCUAGUAUGUAAGCAUAAGAGAGUUGACAUUUUAAAAUACAUAUUUGGUGAUGGUAGACUUUUAGAAAACUUAGCUGUUAAUUCUGGCAAGGAUUUCAUAGCGCCUGAUGAUACGGAUGGAACAUGCCAUAAUGCAUUUUAUUACGCUGUACUUUCGAGGGAUGUAGAAUUGCUUGAUACGCUGAUUCACAAAUGGCCGGGUAACCAUUUUACUUCGCGUUCGGAAAAGUUGGAUGAGAUUCUUUCAUGGGCAUACGACGAAUUGAGGUUGAAAAAUGUAUCAUUGUCGGAGGAUAUAGAAAUUUUUAUUGAAAGUGUCUUAAUGGACCUUCGGUUUUUCUCUAAUAAUUCGGGGCAGAUGAUUUCAAUUAGCACUAAUGACGAUAUCAGGGAACGAGUUAACAUGGUACUCGAAAAUAUUGUUUUUUUAAAGUCAGAAUUCUCCAAUAGAAAGAGUGUGGAUGAAAAAUGUUUAUUUGUACUUAGAUUUAUCGCUCAAAAUAUACACGUACUUAAACGCCAAUUGAAAUUAACCUACGACAGAUUACCUUGGGAAGAGAUCGAGUUUUGUUUAGCCGCCUUUAUUUCUUCUCAUGUCAAACAACAAGAUAUCAAUCUGUUUUAUCGUGCUAUACUACACGAAAAUAAAAUACUACGCUACUUGGAAAAUUUUGCCAAAAAACUUGAAGAUGAAAAGAAAAUUAUUGAAAUCAAAACUAUCGCUAAACUUGCUGAAAUUCCAAAUAUGAAACGUGAUAUGGUUGUGGCAGAAAUAAUUCGUAAUAAUCCCGAAUUUGAAGAGUUGUACGUCGAUUAUCAAUGCAUCAGAGAUAUCACUUCUUUGGAAGAAAUGCGCGAUUAUUCAGAUAUGGCUGUGUCAACUAAUCCUAAAGAAAGAGAAGGCCAGUUGAUUAUCACGCGGGCACUUCAAGUAUUUGGAGCGUGCUUGAAAAACACUUUGGAAUCUCCAAAGCUUUCCACCACUAUAAGUGAGCUUCUUCUACUGUCAUUACCACAAAAUACUAGGAAAAUAGUUACGGACUUGUGUAAUUCAUUAUCGCAUGCUGAUUUACUUUUCAAGAAAACUGGAGUAGGGGAGCCCGAUGCUAACUAUUUUAUAAACGUUCAAGAUGAUAUCAAAAAAAUUGUUCAUUUAACCCGCACUAUUCUUUUCAAUAGGAAGAUUAAAAUUAUUCUUACUGUAUUGAUGAAAAAUAUCAUUGAAUGUAAAUGUGCGGAAGAUUCGCAAGAAGUUGUCAAAGUGCUGAGAAAUAUUGAAUAUGAUAAAAUGAUUUUGGAUAAUAUUAAAAUAAUUGAACGUGGGACCCUAGAAGAACUUACUUCGGAGUUGAGUGAUACCAUAAUUCACAAAACGAAUUACGAAAAUGUUCUUUUUCGGGUAAUUGAUAAGGGACAGACUUCUGCAAAUAGUAUCCUCGGAAAUACUAGUACCUGUUAUAAAUCCCUUUUUUGGUUUUUGAAGGAGUUUCCUGUUAUCACUAACAUUAAAAGUUCCAAUAAACAUUUUACCAAUUUAAUGAAAUCUGCAGCUAAACAUGUAUUGCGAGAACUUUUCCCCAAAGCAGGAUUUGAUCUCUACUUACAAGGAAUCGUUAAAAGUUUACCGAACAUUUUUCACAGCGCUAGGUCACGAGUACAAGGUGAAAAACUUGAUAAAAUAAGUAGAUUAAUUUUUGAGAUUUUUUAUUUCGCUGAAAUCCACAUAGAGAACUGGAACUGGACUGAUGAAUUGCUAAGAGAAUUGGUUGGCAAUUGUUCUUUUAGUUCUUUAUUUAAACCAACGAAUAUUCACAGCGACACAGAGGAUAAUACUAAUACAUUGCUUGUGUACCUAUCUGAAUUGAAAACCAUUUUGCAAAAGAACAGUGUAGAUAGCACUUCAGUCAAAAAACUUAUUUCUUACAACAGCAACAAAAAAUUGCAAGCAAUAGUAGAAAUGUUGGUAUUAGAUAUAAUCUCAAUUUUAGGUGAAUCAAAAAAAUCGUAUCUAGGAAAUAAUCUAUUUUUUGUGGAUGAUAACGCUCCAUCAUUCACUAGUAAAUCUUUAAUUGAUCGCUUAAUUCAUGGUGAAAUCGUACUUGAUGUCUUAAUAUCUGAUUUAUCAAACGCAGUGAUCCUGAAUGCUAAAAAACUUACUACUGAACAUAUCAUGAAAAGUAAUAAGGAUGGAAAAUUUAUUAGGGACGAUCAUUCCAGGUUGAAAGAAAAAUACAAUCGGGGCCUUAUCACUAUUGCUAAUCAGAAUAAAAUGUUCACUGCAUUAAAAGAAGGAAAUCUUGAAGAUGUGAAGCGUUAUCUCAGAAAUGGAGCAGAUAUCAAUGCUAGAGAUAUUAAUUUGUGGACUGCGUUACAUUUUGCUGCUGAUGGACCCAGUCUUGAAAUUGUCAAAUUUAUAAUUGAUCAAAACUGCGAUAUUAAUGUCAAAGACUUGAGUGGUCAAAGCCCACUUCAUAUUGCUGCUGCUAAUGGAAGGAAUAAUAUCCUAGAAUUUUUUGUAAACAAAGUAGGUAUUCCUGUUGAUGAUCUAGACAUUCAUCACAAAACACCACUACAUAUUGCAGCUAAAAAUGGUAACAAAGAUAUUGUUACCAUUCUUUUAAAAUAUAAUGCCGAUGCUACUUCUAAAGAUACAAUUGGAUGCACUUCUUUGAAAUAUGCUAUUUACCAUAAUCAUAUCGAUAUUGUUAACAUUCUACUAAAACGAGGAGCGUAUUCUGAUAUCAAAGAUGAUUGUGGUCUUACACCUUUACAUGCAGCUACUGAAUGCGGUCGUCUAGAACUAGUCAAAUUGCUAUUGAGUAACAAAGCGAACCCUAAUGCAGGACUCGAUACGUCAGUUGGAUCACCAUUGCAUUUAGCAGCAGAUUAUGAUGACCAUCUAGAAGUUGCAGUCACUUUAAUUUCAAAAGGAGCCCAUGUCAACUGCAAAAAUAUUAAUGGCAUUACACCAUUAUACUUUGCAGUUGUGUGUGGUCAACAAGAAAUUACCAAGAUUCUAUUAAAGCAUGGAGCGAAUGUUGAUAUCGUUGAACAAAACUCUAAGACAGUUUUGCACGUUGCAGCUUACAAGGGACGUGAAGAAAUCGUUGAGAUUCUACUGAGAAAUAAGGCGGGUACUAAUAUUGUUGAUUUCCUAGGGUCAACUCCAUUACAUUUUGCAGCAAAAAAGGGCAACUUGAAAAUAGUCACUUGCCUCCUCAAACAUGGCGCCAAUAUCCAUGCUAAAAAUGUACAUCUUUCUACAGCACUGCAUUUUGCAGCAGAAAGUGGUCAUAAAGAAAUUGUUGAUCUUUUGAUACAGAACGGGGCCAAAAUUAAUACCAAAAAUGAAAGGUAUUUUACACCCCUCUCUAUAGCAUCAGCGAAAGGACACAGUGAUGUGGUUCGAGUCUUAAUACAAAAUAAUGCUAAGAUCGAGGAUCGAGACAGAAUUGGUGAUACACCGUUGUAUAAAGCCGUACGUAAUGGUCAUAUAGGUGUUAUUGAUAUUUUAAUAAAGCAUAGAGCUGAUGUUAAUGCUAAAACUCAUGAUGGACACACACCAUUACAUGUUAUAUGUAUGCAUCAUCGUGUUCUUAAAGAUCACAGAAAUAUUGCUGCUCGUUUAAUUAAAAACAAAGCAGAGGUGAAUGCUAGAGAUGAUCAUGGUCGUACACCAUUACAUUAUGCAGCGUUAUUUGGCGAUGAAGAUGUUGUUAGGCUUUUAAUAGUGAAUCGAGCUAAAAUUGACGCCGUAGAUAGUUCUGGUUAUACACCAUUACACGUAGCUGCGGAAGCAGGUCAUAAAGAAGUUAUUAAAAUUUUGAUAGAAAAUGGAGCCAAUAUUGAAGCUAAUCUUAUGUUAAAUGGCGUAAAACCACUGCAUUUAGCAGUCGCGUUCAAUCAUAAAGAAAUUGUUGAAGUUCUUUUGGACAAAGGGGCCAUUGACAUUCUUUUGAACAGGGGGGACAGUGUGGGUAUGAGAUAUUUGUUAAUCGAAGUAGCUGCUGAGGUGGGCAAACAUGAGGUAAUACUACAAACUCUGAUGAGAGGAGAAUUGGACCUUAGUGAUGAUGACACAAUACUGCACAUUGCAGCGUCUUGUAAAAGUGGGUUGGAAAUAGUGAAAUAUUUGGUAAAAAUGGGCUGUAAUAUCAGAACAAAAAGUGCUUUUGGUUUAAAACCUAUGCACAUUGCGGCCAGUAAAGGUUUUGAGGAUAUUGUAGAGUUUUUCCUUAGUGAAGGAUUGGAUGUUAAUGAUCUUGCUGAUUAUAACUAUACAUUACUGCACUAUGCUGCAAUAGGAAAUCAUGUUGCAGUUGCAAAAUGUGUAAUAGAGCAUGGUGUUCAAGUCAAUGCUAAGGAUUUCCUUGGCAGAACUGCUAUGCAUUUGGCAGUCAAUUUUUGUGAUAAAGAUUUUGCAAUAGUUUUAUUAAAAAAUGGCGCAGUUUACAAUGCUAUCGACAAUGCUGGCUGGAAACCUUUAGAUAUGAGGAAUGUACCUGUUUAUUUUCAUAAUCCUGAUUAUCUUGCAGAAUUGGUUGCUGGUAAGCCUAUUAAAGAUGUUGCAAAUAUUCUAGAUUUGAUUGAAAAAUUAUUUGUGGCAGUGAAACAGAAAAGUCUGCCUGAGGUGAAAAAGUAUAUUAAAUUAGGAGCUUUUGUCAAUGCAAAAAAUGCCGAUGUGGAAACAACACCAUUGCAUUACGCAGCAUGGAAGGGCUGUGACAAAAUUGUCGAUGUUCUUUUACAAAAUAAAGCCAAUCCUAACGCAGUUUGUAGUAAGGGGUUUACUCCUUUACAUUACGCUGCUAAGUUCUCUCACUUGAAAACUGUUGAAGUUCUACUGCACCAUGGUGCCGUGUAUAAUGCUACUUCUAAUAGUGGAAAAACACCAUUACAUUUUACUAAAGAUGAUAAUAUUAUUAGUUUAUUAACAGCAGUUGAUGAAGCAUUUGAAAAGGUUAAAAAUGGUAAUGUUCAAGUUGUCAAUGACCUGAAAAAUGUAAAAGAUGGCGAUUCGCUAAAAGCAAUAAUUAAUGCUCAUAAUAGGGAAAACAAAACACUUAUAGAUGCUGCACAACGAUCUAAUCUUCAAUUGAUUAGAAAGCUGGCAGAAAUUAAGUUCCAAAGAUAUUCAAAUUGAGUUCGCUAGUGCAGGCAGAUUUUAUAUUUAAAGGAACUGAAGGACAGUAAGUAUAUACAAUAUUAUUGGCAGAUAACUUUAUUCACGCUGAAACGUGAAGUUGGUAAUAUCUACUCGUAGGGUGAAAGCUAUUGCGACAGCACACAUUUUCUUUAAAAGACAUCAUUAUUGUAGGAGCCAAAGACAGUUAUUUUAUCAAGUCUAAAGCUCGGGUUCCUCGUUAUUAUUUUUUCUGUACCUAGACCUACCCAUUAAUGAUAUCAAUGGCUGUAUUUUGCACUACCACACAAUGUAGCAUUGCAAACUUUAUUAUAGUGUAAAGAUUACCAUACUGUGUGGUAAAAAAAACUGUGCUGCAACAAUAAGUUUUACCAAGGAGUAUAAGAAUCAAUGCUUCAGUUUUGUUCUCUUUGCCCGCUUGUAUGAUAGGUAGGUAACUAUUGCCAUACAGUUUGGUAAUUGUUGCCAUAUGGUAUGGAAGGUUUUCAGGGGUGCUAACCUUAAUUAUUUUAAUUACGAUUAGAGUUUCACUCCAAUUUUUCCUUGACAUUUUUCGGUUUUCGGUUCGGUUUUGGUUUUGAAAUUCAAAAUUUCGGGUUUCAGUUUUGGUUUUGAUCUUAUUUACAAAAAUUUUGGUUUCAGUUUUGGUUUUCGUUUUUUUUUUUUUUUCAGUUUCACAUAAUUUUUUUUUCCAAAUAUCUUCAAUUCAAAAUUUCUCAAUCUCAGGAAUCAAAGUAUGUAAGGUGCAUCGGGGCAAGUCAGAAUGAUUUUUUGCAAUUUCAACUUUGACCAGCUGUUACUCCCCUUCUAAUGAACCAAUAUGGAUCAAAUUUAUUAUGUAGGUUCCCAUAAGGGUUCUUAACCUAUGGUGAAAAUUUGAGCGUGAUUGACACAGUAGCUUUCGCUCAGUGGAAUAAAAUAUAAACUGUUCUGACUUCCCCCAAUGGGGGAAGUCAGAACAGGCUAAACUUUGCAGAGGCGUAGAUCACAAACGGAGCGUCCUAGAAAAAUUGCCAAGAGACAAAAUUGUAGAGAAUUUAAUUCUCUUUGAGAUCACUUUCAUCAGAUUUUCACUAGGACGCACGGUUCGUCCGCUGUAUGUGAAUAACUGAGAAAUAUAAAGUCUGUAUCUUAGAACAAAUUUAAAACAAAUUCAAAACAACAACAAAGUACAAUUGAACCAAAGACAUCUAAAAUUAAACUGAAUCGCGAAAAUUUGUAUGCCUUGAUGAAGUAGGGGUAGUACCCUCAAGUCACCUUUAGUGGCACUUCGCCAGAUAUAAACCUCUAGGAGCUAGAGCAAGUUUUCUAACUUACCCCGAAUUCCAACUUCCCCCGGUGCACCUUAUAGUAUAGUAAUUUCAUAAUAAUUCUAAAAAAGUAUAUAUUUUUCAAGAACAAUAAUUAUAUAAUUUUCUUAAUACAUGAAUUUGUAAUCAAAAGUCAAAAAAGUGAAAAAAUCGCAAAAAAUGAAUGACAAAAUUGGCAAAAAAAAUGUACCUAAUAAAAAAUAACUGAAAAACCCCCAAACCGAAAACCGAAAUAAAUCAUAUUGGUUUAGGUUUUGGUUUCACUCACGCUGCUUCAUUAUGCUUGUUAUGGUUUUUUACGGUUUUUAAAAAACCUAUGAAAUUUUGGUUUUUGUUUUCAGUUAGGGUUUGAAAAUGGCUAAAAUUAUGGAUCUUGUUUGGGUUUCGGUUACAGUUUUUGGUUUUUUGCGGUUAAGGUUAGCACAAUGCCUCCUAUACAAGAAGGCCUGAGCACUACCUCCAAGAAGUCUACGUGACGUAGGCAUUGGAGGCGAUUACUGCUGCAUUGUCUUAUGGGAUAUUGCCCGAUUUCUUAGUUUUUCUUGAAUAAUUUUUGAACGGUUAAUGCUACAGAUUUGAAUUAAAAACCAGCUUGUAGAGGAAAAAAAGUAGAUCAUUUUUCAUUCUUCAAACACCUAUGUGCUCGAUCAAAUUUUCGAUUUAUUUCAAUUUAAAUGUAAAAAAAUUGCAACCUCGAAACUUUGAACUUUGAUAAAUCGAAAAUUUGAUCGAGCACAUAGGUGUUUGAAAGAUGAAAAAUGAUCUACUCUUUCUCCUCUACAACCUCGUUUUUUCCCCAAAGCUCUAGCGCUUUUUGAUUAAAAGUUAUAAAAGCUCAAAGCUUUGAACUUUUUUUUGAGUAUAAUUAAACUACUUCAUUAAGAAAAGCUACAGCUUCAAAUAGGGCACAAAUCAUGCUGAAAUUUUGUUCAAAUAUACUUUGAAUAUCGUAGAAGUGCCUUUUGAUAUUCGUAUAUCUAUCUCAGCUUUUCUUUGGUUGUACUUAUAAAUAAUAUACUCAUCAUUUUUUCAAAAUUUCUCAUUUUUUAUAGUUUUUGCGCAAGCGAAAAAACUAUAUUGUUUUCUCCAGAAUGAUUUUUCGACUACAUGAAAUUCACGAAUUUUACACUCCUAGCCGAAAGCCAAUAGCCAAUUAGCGUACAGUAUUUGAAUAGAUAACCAAUCAGAAAAAAGCGUUUCUGUAAAACCAAUUAACGAUGAGUAUUCGUAGAAACCGAUUGCGAGACUGAAUUUUAUAAACUGAGACAAAUUACAUUUUCAAUAUUUUCAUAUUUUUUUGUAGGUUUAGGUAAAUCAAAUUAACACGAUGAAAGUUGAAACACAGAAUUUAUUGUUGUCAAAGUUAUUUCUUAUUUCUUUUAGUAAAUUUCAUCAAUUUGUAAAGGUCCCUUUUUAUUUUUAUUUUUUUUUAUAUUCCAAACGACGAUGAUAGAAAACGGCGAAGUUGAGAACAAAAAAUUCAAAAUUCCUUUCUCAAGUUCUCACACUUCUCACUAAAAAACAGUAGCAAUUCGCAUUUUUUCCCUGCCUGACAGGUGUAUAUUUUUGAAAAAUCUCUUUUCUCAUUUCUUAACAGCACCGAGGCGAUAAUUCAAUUUUACUCCCCAGUUGAAUAAACUACUAUUUCUCAUAAAAAGAAACACAAAACGCAAUAAGGCAAAAACUAUCUUGGACCAGCGGGUACGCUGGUCUCUUGUUAGUAUCUUUAAACGCACCUCAAGCUUGAUGUAAUUGGGCUACAAAGCUCAAUUUUUGCAUGAAUAUCAAGUUUCUGAUGGAGAAGUGCUUUUUGAUAUUUUGGGUCAAUUUCGAGAAUUUUUGGGCCACAAAAAGGGUGGGGGGGGGGUGCAGGGUCAAUUUUUUCAUCUUAGUCGGUAGUGAUCAACAAAUCAAAGCUGUAUUCCAAAUUUCAUCGAAAUUGGUCCGGCCAAUCCUUCAAACUCUGAGUGAGUGUUGAAGAAGAAUUUUGCCAAAAUGACAAAAAACUGGCUAAUUGAAACUUCGCGAAUUUUCAUCCUACAAAAAUCAAUCUUAUAUAUUCUGAAAGGUCUUUGAAGAAUAAGAAAAAAAGUAUCUAUGCGUUUUUUGAAUAAACGCAUAGCGUCGCCUGAUAAAAUCGGGUAUCCUUGGUUAAAUGGUCUGCCUUUUCAGAACUUACCUAUAUAAAAUUCUGUUAGUACUUUUAUGAAAUGAUAUAUUAAGUAGAUAAAAUUCUGUUAGUACUUCUGUGAAAUGAUAUAUUAAGUAGGUCUAUGUAUGUAUACACCUCCUACAUUCUAUUCAUAAAGUAGGUACACUAAAUUACAUACUUACUAGGUAGUAGGUACGUAGGUACAUAAAUUUGUAUUGGAUAAUAUUUUGUUGCAUCUAUAAUUAUAAGUUUUUAUUGUUUCCUGAGGAA